CUACCGACUUCCAUGUCUACUGCGCAAACGCUGCCUCCCACUGGCUCAGGCGUCGAAGAACUGCCUCCCCCGCCUCUGAGCCCACUCCCGAGCGAUCCACCGCCGCCUUACCCCAGGAGAACACGUCAUUCUGGUCGACAUCAUGACCACACUCAUACGCAAACCGUCUCAGUCGAGUCUGACGACGAUAACGAAGCCACCCCUUUCCUCUCGCACCACCAUGGACCGCGCCAAAACGGCCCAGGGAGGCCCCGCUCCAACAGCGCUGUCUCGGUCGCACCCUCGCUGGCGCAAACUAUCGCGUCAAUCUUCCACAUAGAUGAUGACGAGGGAGAUGGAGAUUGCAGGCUGCCAGAGGAUGCUGAAAGUGGCAUGGUUGUUCAGCAAGAUCCGCAGCAGACCGACUUCGCGUGGAGAAGAUACUUCCGACCCUUGACACGCAGCGUCUAUUACCAGGCGCUUUUCCACCUCUACGUGGUCAACUUCCCCUUUGCCCUCGCAGCGUUCCUCUUUGCCUUCGUCCUCACCGUUACGGGGACGACACUGCUUGUGGUACUUCCAUUGGGAGUACUGCUCUGUUUUCUCAACCUGGUUGGUGUUAGAGCGUUUGCGCGAGGAGAGCUAGCUCUUCAAACCCGCUUCCAUUCCCCAUUGGCCUACCCAGCGCCUUAUCCCCCUCGUCCAAUCUUUGUCCGCCACCACGAUAGCGGACACGGCCCCGAGCCGUCCUUCUACAAGAACGCCAAAGCACUAUUCACGGACUCCACGUCCUACCAGGCGCUCUUUUACUUCAUCGUCGUCAAGCCCUGCAUCACGCUGGUCCUCUCCCUCGCCCUCCUCAUGCUCGGGCUGCCCGCGAUCGUCCUCGUCCUCCCGGCGCCGAUGGCCUUCCGCGCAAUCAGGAAACUCGGCGUUUGGCAGGCAAAUGUGGCUGUCGAGGGCUUGUAUCUGGUCGUGCGAUGA